AUUUGUUAGAGGGUGUAGCAGCUAAAACAGGAAGUGUCUUGGAGAAGACGAGACCGGAGAGAUAAGAGCUGUUCAGAAGCCAUGGCAACGAGUAUCAGCACCCAGAGAGGCCAGGUGUUUAUUGGGGAACUGCCCCAAGAUUUCCUGCGCAUUACCCCUACCCAGCAGCAGCAGCAGAUACAGUUGGAUGCCCAGGCAGCACAGCAGCUACAGUAUUCUGGAGUUAUGGGGACCAUGGGCCGACUCAGCAUUACUGUGGUGCAGGCUAAGCUUGCUAAGAAUUAUGGAAUGACCCGGAUGGACCCAUACUGCCGGAUACGUUUGGGAUAUGCAGUGUAUGAGACGCCUACUGCUCAUAAUGGGGCUAAGAACCCACGGUGGAACAAAGUGAUUCAGUGCACAAUUCCUCCUGGAGUUGAUUCCUUCUACCUAGAAAUAUUUGAUGAGAGAGCAUUCUCAAUGGAUGACCGCAUUGCCUGGACACACAUCACUAUCCCAGAGACACUGAAGGAAGGAAAGCAUGUGGAUGAAUGGUUCAGUUUAAGUGGCAGACAAGGGGAUGACAAGGAAGGAAUGAUCAACCUCGUCAUGUCCUACACGUCCGUGCCAGCAAUGAUGCCUCAACAGCCUGUAGUUUUGAUGCCCACCGUCUACCAGCAGGGGGUCGGCUAUGUGCCCAUUGCAGGUCCUAUUUACAACCCUGGGAUGCCAAUGGCUGCUCCUCCACCAGCUGUUAACCCUCAACACCAGACUCGAGAAGAGGACAUUAAAUUCAUUAAGGAUAUGUUCCCCACCAUGGACCCUGAGGUCAUUCGUUCUGUGCUGGAGGCGCAAGGAGGAAACCGGGAUGCUGCUGUCAACUCCCUGCUUCAGAUGGUGGAAGAUUCAUAGCGGCCAAGCCCUCCGUACAGUUUCCCCUUCCCUUGCCUGUGUCCUGUAUGACUUGCCAUAAAGGGAAUCUCAUCCUCCCUAACUUUGAUAUAACAUAUGGCUGCUCUUUUACGUUGAGUGUUGAUUGUGGUCUUCUCAGCUUCUCCUACCAUCUUUUCUGAAGUUGGAAGUUCCCUCACAUUCCUCCUGAGCCUGCAGUGCCCUUAUUAGUGUUAAUAUAUUUUUCAGAUGCCAUGAGCACACUGUACCCCCUAUCCUUUAUGCUUGAUUGGACUGAGCUGUUCUCGUUAAGAUGUGUUCUGUCGUCUGUGCUUCCAUUGACUCUGAUCACUGUACCUGCCCAUUCAUUUGGAAUAUCAUCAUGUGUCUGUUUUUCCUUUUAAAUUAUUAAUGUAAGGAAACAACUAUAAUAUUUUAACAUUGCAA